AUGGAGGAGAAAUAAAAAAACGCAGUAGACCUCCUGGAUAUUUUCGGACCUCAUUGUGUUUUCACACGUCUAUCAAUCACAAGUCAACAAUGAAUCCUAUUCAAGUCACUUUAAUUUCUGCUCUACUGGCGCUGUCCACUGCAUAUAGAGGUGGAGGUGGCGGUGGGAUGGGUGGUGGUAUGGGCGGAGGAAUGCCUAUGGGUGGCGGAAUGGGUGGCGGCAAAAUGGGCGGUGGAAUGCCAAUGGGUGGUGGUAUGGGCGGGGGAAUGCCAAUGGGUGGCGGUAAAGGAGGAAUGGGUGGUGGAAUGAUGAUGCCAAUGGGUGGUGGUAUGGGAGGAGGUAUGCCAAUGGGAGGUGGAAUGGGCGGCGGCAUGCCAAUGGGAGGAGGUAAAGGUGGAAUGGGCGGUGGCAUGGGAGGCGGCAUGCCAAUGGGAGGUGGAAUGGGCGGCGGCAUGCCAAUGGGAGGUGGUAUGGGUGGAGGAAUGCCAAUGGGAGGCGGAAAAGGUGGCAUGGGCGGAGGAAUGCCAAUGAUGAUGAUGAUGCCAAUGGGCGGCGGUGGAAUGCCAAUGGGUGGUGGUAAAGGAGGAAUGGGAGGAGGUAUGGGCGGAGGAAUGCCAAUGGGAGGCGGUAUGGGCGGAGGAAUGCCAAUGGGAGGCGGUAUGGGCGGAGGAAUGCCAAUGGGAGGCGGCAUGGGCGGUGGUAUGAGUAAAAUGAUGAUGCAACUAAUGAUGGGCGGUGGAAUGGGUGGUAUGCCAAUGGGAGGUGGAAUGGGCGUUGGAAUGAUGCCGAUGCCAAUGGGUGGAAAAGGAGGAAUGGGCGGUGGUAUGGGUGGAGGAAUGGGCGGCGGUAUGGGUGGAGGAAUGGGCGGCGGAAUGCCAAUGGGCGGUGGUAUGGGCGGCGGUAUGCCUAUGGGCGGUGGAAAAGGAGGCAUGGGCGGAGGAAUGAUGAUGCCAAUGGGUAUGGGUGGAGGAAUGCCAAUGGGAGGUGGAAUGGGAGGAGGUAUGCCAAUGGGAGGCGGAAAAGGUGGUAUGGGAGGAGGUAUGCAAAUGAUGAUGAUGCCAAUGGGCGGUGGAAUGGGCGGAGGCAUGCCAAUGGGCGGAGGAAUGGGAGGAAUGAUGAUGCCAAUGGGAAAAGGUGGAAUGGGCGGUGGUAUGGGAGGAGCUGGAGGAGGGGCAGCAGCAGGUGGUGAAGGAGGAGCAGGCGGAGCCGGAGGAGCAGCAGGUGGAGCUAAACACGAUGCAUAAACGACCGGACCGUCUAAAACGACUUCUCUAAGGAAAUGGGUAAAAAGAUGACUCAGGAAUCCACCACAAGUUCUACUCAUGGACAUGACCGUUUUAUCCUCGACAGUUUUUCAUGUGUAUAAAUACUUAUUCCACAUGGACGAAGUUAUAUGUUUAAUGUAUAAACAAUAUUUCUUUCAAGCCCUAUAUACAUGCACGUGUAUGUUUUAUACUUUAUAUAGUGUCAAUGUUUUAUGUAUGACUAAAAAAUUACCAUAUUGGUAUAGAAAAAGACAUCAAAUCUUAUAACAAAAACAUAGGGCAAAGUUUUACAGCUAAAGAACUUCGUCCACAUCAUGUGACAUUGCGUUGUAACCAGUUUGCCUUUUUAUAAUAUGCUGAUUCUAUAGAUCACAGAUUAUAACUUCUGACAUAUACGCCAAUAUUCGUCGUGUCCAUAUUGUUUUCUAUGUUGUUGUUCUUGUUAAUUUAUGUAGAUAAUAAAUUAGAUGCAU